AUGUCGGAGCCUGAACCGGUGAGUUAUCCUAACUUGUCUAAUAUAAUCAAAUUGAAUUUGAAUCAACACUUUCAGCCCUCAUUUUGUUGUUGUUGUAAUGGUCGAAAUGCUUUGAUAGUGCUAUCACUACUUUCAAUAAUUGGUGUCGGUGUUUCUGCAUUUCAAAGCCCUCAGCUCAAUUUACUUCCGUCUUAUGGGAUUUCAAUUCUUCUUGAGUUUUUCAGUCUCUAUGCAUUACUUGCUAUGAAGUCUGGACCAUUGAAAUAUUCAUAUUGGAUCAUGGUAAAUAUUCACAGGGCUGUGAAAAAGGAACUUUUUUGUGUGACAGGAAUUUGUCAGACUCCUUUGAGCCCAACUCUGUAGUUCUCAAAUUCAGGAAUAAAAACGCCCCAACUCAACUUUUCCAGAGUUUGUCGCUAUUCUUGAAUGUGAUUGGAAUCUUGGUGGCCCCAAUCUAUGUGGCAGUUGAAUUCGCUUCCGGUUUCACAAAAAACUCAAUCCUAGGAACAAUCCUUGAAGAACCUUUCCCAUAUUCGACAGCUGUUGAAAUGCGAAAAUCAUUCGGUUUUUAUUUUGGAUAUAUUUUCGAGGCAGCUCUUCUUUUCAACAUCUUGUGUAAGUCUUUUUCUUAUUUCCUAAAAAUGUGUACUUAUGAUCAGAAUGAUUUUGCAGUUUGUGCCUAUCGUAUUUCAAUUGUUCUUCAACUUUUGGAAAUUGCCAGAUAUCGAGAAAGCACGGAAAUCAAGAAGAUUCCAUUGGCAUAG